CACAUGUUCAGACAUAUGUUCAUCGACAGAAAGUGUCCUGGCGGCACAGCGUCAGCUGCAGUCUGCAGAUCUGCUGGGUGAAAUCCCUCCUCCAGGAAACACAGACACAGACCAGCGCAACAAGUCUCAACAACUCAAGAGCUGGUCACCCUCGCUUGCAGCUCUGCGCCAUGAGGUCCUCUUCCCUCCUGCUACUCUCCUUCCUCAUGGGAAUGUUUGAGAUUCAAGGGGCUUCAGAUUUUAGGAUCUGUGCCUUCAACCUGCAUCACUUUGGGGAAUCCAAGUCGAAGAAGAGCAAUGUCAUGCAUACACUGACCAGGAUCAUCGCUCGCUGUGAUGUGUGUUUGCUGCAGGAAGUGAGGGACAGUAAAGAAAGAGCUGUACUGGUGCUGCUGGACCGCCUUAACAGGUAUGACACGAAACACGUGUAUGACGUGGUGGCCAGUGAGAGACUGGGCAGGUCUGACUCAUACCAGGAGCAGUAUGUAUUUGUUUACAGGACAGACACAGUGACGCUCACUGGCCACUAUCAGUACCCAGAUGAUCAAAAAGGAGAUGUUGAUGCCUUCUCCAGAGAGCCUUUUGUUGUCCGUUUCAAAGCCCCCAAGACAGAUAUAAAGGAGUUUGUCCUCAUACCUCAGCACACCAGUCCAGCAAACACCACUAAGGAGCUCGAUGAACUGUAUGACGUUUUGCAGCAUGUCAGGAGGAUGUGGAAAACGGAUAACGUGAUGCUUCUCGGGGACUUCAACGCUGACUGUGGCUACCUUGCUAAGAAGAACAGGAAGAAUGUGCGCCUGAUUACAGAGAAGAACCUCUUUUGGCUCAUUGCAGAUAAGACUGACACCACUGUGCGGUCCACCACCUCCUGCACCUACGACAGGAUCGUUGUUCAUGGGGAAAGAUUUGCCAGAGCAACUGUGCCUUUUUCAGCCAAACCAUUUAACUUCCAAAUGGAGUACAGACUCACGGAGGACCAGGCGCUGGAGGUUAGUGACCAUUUCCCAGUGGAGGUCCUGCUGAAGGGCGCUGGAACUAAGGAGACUCAAACAAAGCUCUUUUCGUUGUUUAUUCUCAGCCAUCUUGUCUUCCAAAUGUUAACAUGGUAGUUUAAAAUGAAAUACACGUGGAUUUUGUUUUCUCACUCUGAGGACAAUCUUGGGAAAGAACUGAAGAAAACUUCAGGAUUCCCCAACAUGUGGAGUCCAACUUGCUAAAUGUCAUUGAUGACACUCCACAGGAAUGGAUCUCCAUGUUGGGUUCGGGGUUCGGAAAACCUCAGGAAAUUACAGAACUGUUGACAUUUGCCAUUAUGCAAUGCAUCAUAUUGCAUAACAAUUUAUUUACCUGUGUAUCUGCAUGGAAUACCUCAGUGUGAUGAAUCUUUCCUUCAUAGCACUGCAGAGAGAACAGUACAGAUGCUGGUAGAUGUGAAAAUAUUGAUAAAUCACUACCUCUGAUUAUUAAUGUCACUAAUUUGUUCCUUCAAUUUAGGAGUUUUACCCUUUUAUUAAUUCCCUCAAAUUGAUCCAAGGCAGAGAGGAACAGGUGCCUGUUAGGUUUCUAUUAACUGCCACCACUGAGCUUCUAUAAACUGGAUGAUGUCUGCAGUAUCAUCACUGUUUUUAAAGCAAACAAUACAAAUAAAUAAAUGCGAUGGAUUUAAGGAAAUUAAUGAAAUAUUUCAAGAGCCCAAGUCAUUAAACUGAGGGAAAAAAAUCAGUAAUUCAACAAUACAGUCCAAACUGAGGCACUGAAAUCAUUAUAUGGAGUACAUGAAUUACUAAUGUGAUGGAACAAUUCAUCAAAUAAUUUCUCCAUAAAAUGGUGCUAUAAUAUAGAGGAGAAAAAGGCCAAUUAAACAUAGUGUUAGACCAGGCAAGCCACGAAGCCAAGCUCAGCCCACAAUCCCAGUGCGUCAGCUGAUAGCAGCUGAUCUCAAAGCAGCCCACAUCAGCUGAUGGCUCAGCUAAUUCAGUUCUAUUUAUCCAAUUGCUAAAUCUCAGACAGGGCGCCUUAUCUAAGAUGCUUCAGCUUGCCUGCCCUCGCUGCCUCCUCUGCAAGCUGCUCUGCAACUGAAGUGGUCCUGCCUGACUGAACUAUGAUCAGAUAUUGAUGCCUUACUAUUUAUACAAGCUAUGCACCUUUUAAAUACUGUAGUUGAGAUUGGUUUUGGAAUGCUAUGUGCAGUAUAUUAAACUUGUCAUAAA